AUGCACAACGGCGGUAAAGAGAAGCUGGUGGUGGAGGUGGUGGCGGCGCACAACCUUAUGCCGAAGGACGGCGAGGGGUCGUCGUCGGCGUUCGUGGAGGUUGAGUUCGAGAACCAGCGGCAGAGGACCCAGGUGAAGCACCGCGACCUCAACCCAGUAUGGAACGAGAAGCUCGUCUUCCACCUCGCCGACGCCGCCGACCUCCCUUACCGCACCCUCGAGGUCAAUGUCUUCAACGAGCGCCGCUCCAACAACAGCCGCAAUUUCCUCGGCAAGGUCCGAAUCUCCGGCGCCGCCGCAGCCCGCCAGGGCGAGGAGGUAGCCCAGCUCUACACCCUCGACAAGCGCAGCCUCUUCUCCCACGUUCGCGGCGAGAUCAGCAUCAAGCUCUACAUAUCCACCACCGAGGAGGUCAAGCAGUCCGCCGGCAACGACGCCGCAGCCCCCUCCGGCAAGAAGAACAAAAAGAUGCAGCAGCAGCAGCUCCAGCAGGGCGGGAAGGGGUUGGUGGUCCCCAAGCUGUCUGGGCCCGAUCCCGGCAAAUCGGGCCCGGGCUUCAUGACCCAGGCACACACAAAGCCCGUGGAGCCCGGCCCGGGUAACAUGAAGCCCGUUGUCAUCGCCGCCGUGCCGGGGCCGGUGGUCCCUUCCCCUGCCGGGGGCUACCACGGCGGAGGCGGCGGCGUCCGGGUAGGGAUCUCCAACGACUACGCGCUAAAGGAGACGAGCCCGCACCUGGGCGGGUCGACCCGGGACAAGGCGAGCUCCACCUACGACCUGGUGGAGCAGAUGCAGUACCUCUACGUCAGGCUCGUCAAGGCCCGGGAGCUCCCUGUGUUCGGCGGCGGCGAGGUGGUGGCGGAGGUCAAGCUCGGCAACUACAAGGGCAUCACCAAACGGGUCUCGCUGGGCAGCUCCGAGUGGGACCAGGUCUUCGCCUUCUCCAAGGACUGCAUCCAGUCGUCUGUCGUCGAGGUUUUUGUGAGGGAAAGCAGCAAGGAGGAGUUCCUUGGCCGCGUCUGGUUCGACCUCAACGAGGUCCCCAAACGGGCCCCGCCUGACAGCCAGCUGGCGCCCCAGUGGUACCGUAUGGAGGACCGCAAGGGCGACCGGUCCAAAUCCGGGGAGGUCAUGGUCUCCAUAUGGUUCGGAACCCAAGCCGACGAGGCCUUUGCCGAGGCCUGGCAUUCGAAGGCGGCAAACGUGCAUUUGGAUGGCCUCUGCUCGAUAAAGUCGAAAGUUUACCUGUCUCCUAAGCUCUGGUAUUUGAGGGUUGGGGUUAUCGAGGCCCAAGAUGUGGUCUUGGGAGACAAAGGGUCGUCCAUGAACAUGGUAAGGUAUCCAGAGCUUUUUGCAAAGGUUCAAGUGGGGAAUCAGGUUUUAAGGACAAGGAUAGCCUCGCCAGCUGGCAGUCGGGGGGUUUCGAACCCAUUUUGGAACGAGGAUUUGAUGUUUGUGGUGGCCGAGCCUUUCGAGGACUACUUGCUGAUCUCGGUUGAGGAUCGUUUGGCUCCUAGCAGCGAUGAGACCGUAGGUCGGGUGAUUCUCCCGAUUGCCAAUGUCGAGAGGCGGUUUGAUGAUAAAUUCGUGGUCUCUAGGUGGUUCAACCUCGACACACACCUCCGGAACCCUAACGACCCCAAGUCCGUGGCUAGAUUUGCUUCCCGGAUUCACAUUCGUGCCUCUUUAGAAGGAGGGUAUCACGUGCUCGACGAGGCCACCAUGUACAGUAGCGACGUUCGGCCCACGGCGAAACAGCUCUGGAAGCCACACAUUGGGGUUCUUGAAGUCGGCAUAUUGGGGGCAACCAAUCUCGUACCCAUGAAGAUUAAAGAAGGCAAGGGAGGCUCGACCGAUGCUUACUGUGUCGCCAAGUACGGGCAGAAGUGGGUCCGUACCCGCACCGUGGUCGACAGCCUGGCUCCGAGGUGGAACGAACAGUACACUUGGGAGGUGUUCGACCCGUGCACCGUCAUCUCCAUUGGCCUCUUCGACAACUCGCGUGUCGACAAGAACUACUCCGUGGCUGGAAACAAUACCCGGGACACACGCAUCGGGAAGGUCCGCAUCCGCCUCUCGACUCUCGAGACAGACCGCGUGUACACCCACGCGUACCCACUGCUGAUGCUGCACCCGUCGGGCGUGAAGAAAAUGGGGGAGCUCCACCUGGCGGUCCGUUUUUCCUGCGCCAACCUCUUCAACGUGCUCCACACCUACACCACACCCCUCCUCCCGAAGAUGCACUACGUGCAGCCGCUGUCCGUGAGCCAGCUGGACAGCCUGCGGUACCAGGCCACGAGCGUGGUGGCCUCGAGGCUCGGCAGGUCUGAGCCGCCCCUGGGACGGGAGGUGGUCGAGUACAUGCUCGACCACGAUUCACACAUGUGGAGCAUGCGAAAGAGCAAGGCUAAUUUCCUCCGGCUCACUAGCGUCCUGGCGUGGGUCGUGGCUGUUGGCCGGAUAGUCGAGGGUUUGAGGACGUGGGCCCGGCCCGUUUACUCGGCCUUGUUUGUAUUGGCCUACGCGGUACUUGUUUUGGUCCCGGAGCUCAUAAUCCCGUGCGGGCUGCUGUCGACGGCUGCUGUUGGGCUUUGGAGGUAUAGGCUGCGGGCCCGCAGCCCGCCACACAUGGACACGCGGCUGUCGUAUGCGGAAGGGGUGCACCCGGACGAGCUGGACGAGGAGUUCGACUCGUUCCCGACGAGCCGUGGGGCGGAGGUGGUGAGGAUGAGGUAUGAUCGGCUGAGGAGUGUGGCGGGGAGGAUUCAGACGGUGGUGGGUGACUUGGCGACGCAGGGGGAGAGAUUCCAGGCGCUGCUGAGCUGGAGGGACCCGAGGGCGACGUUCUUGUUCGUGGUGGUUUGUUUGGUGGCGGCUUUCGGGUUCUACUUGGUGCCGGUCAGGUGGGUGGUGGCUUUGGGAGGGUUGUACUAUCUGAGGCCGCCUAAGUUUAGGAAUCGGAUGCCGUCGAGCGCGGUUAAUUUCUUCAAGAGGUUGCCGACGAAUGCUGAUAGCAUGUUGUAG